UAAACCCUUCCAUAUCACUAAAGUAAGUUUUCUCUAAACCUACUGCCUAUUUCCAUCUCUUCACAUAUUUGAUUGCUGGAAUCACAGAUGGAAGAAUCUUGUGAUGGAGAGAGUGAAGCGAUGCUGCAUCAACCUCUCAAUAUUGACUUGCCUUCUAGCUCUGACAUUGAUGUUAGCUCUAUGGUUUCUAUGAAGGAGGGUUGUGAAUCGCCUUUUUCGUCGUGGGAUUCUGAACCCGAAAACGAUAUCUCGCCCAAGAAAUCCCUUCAGGAUACUAACCUUGAAGGAAACUCUCUUGAUGUGGAAGAGAAUAACCGUUUUGUUGGGGUGGAAAACGUAGAUGAUGGCUUUUUGUGCGAGGUGGACAAUAGAAGUUACGACGAGUUGCUCAAAAAGUUCAUUGAAAAGGAGGAAGAGCUGAGAGUUUCCAAUUUAAAGCUUCAACUUUCGGAGCAAGAGAUUGUCAAGUUGGAGGUUCAAGCUGAGAAUAGGGAGAUUCAGAUUAAUGAUGUGUGUGAAAAAUUGGAGUUGAAAGAGGAGGAGUUGAAUGAACAAAAGAAGCUUUUAGAAGAAGAGAUUUUCAAGUUGAAGAAUCAAAUUAAAGAAAAUGAGAACCAACUUGAUCUGAAUAAGGAGGAGUUGAAAAAAAAACUGCUAAAUUGGAUACUCAUGUUCCGAAAAUUUUCGACAAGAUUAGAAAUGUGA